AUGAUAAGGGACGAGAAGAUUACGACCAUCAAGAUAGGGAGAGUAUACCAACCCUCGAUCCAACCACAGCUGGUCCUUACCACGGUAGAUCACGAAGAUGAUGUAGGAGAAGAUAUUGAAGAAGAAAUCAUCGAAGAUGAUGUCUUAACAAGAGCCAACGAAUAUGAAGAUUUCAAUAACGAAGAAGAUUGGAGAACCGAAGUUCAUAUAUUCCUCAAAGAAGGAGUGCUUCCCAUAGACAUCAAGUUAGCAAGAAAAACACAAUCGACGGAGGGGAGGUACCAACUUCGUGAUGGAAUCUUGUACAAGAAAUUAUUCCUCGGGCCAUUACUACGAUGCUUAUCCAGAGAAGAAGGCCAUUGUAUCUUGAAGGAAAUUCACGAUGGAGAUGCUGGAAACCAUAGUGGAAUGAGGUCAUUAGCAGACAAAACCAAGAUGCAAGAAUACUACUGGACACAAAUAAUAGAGGACGCUGCAAAGAUGGCCAGAAGAUGCGAAGAAUGUCAGCGUUUUUCCAAAAAGAACCAUGCACCAGCGACAAAGCUAAAUUCAGUCGGAAGCCCUUGGACAUUUGCAAAAUGGGGAGUUGACAUCGUCGUACCAUUAGUUGAAGGAACAGGAAAAAGGUGA